AUGACAGACGCCGUCGUCCGAGGCAUACGCGAUGUCUCGAAGAUCCUAGCCCUGCCACCGCGGACGACUCGUGUGAUACAGAGGCUUCCAACAUUCUCUGACCAAAGCUUCAGUUAUCACACCCCUAGACGGAUACCGGUUCCACCCAGUUUAUUUCACUCCAGACAUGGAUUGCGAGGGCAGUCUUACCAUACCCUGCUUCGCCGAGACUGCCGGAGUGAUGUUGUGGGCGCAGGACCUGUACAGCCGCAGACGGUUACAGCUCCAUCAGCACUACGUCGCCAGGCUUUGAGGUCGCGUGCAGCACAGCCUGGGUCUUUUGUUUUAUACCCAGACUCAAACAAUGCCUGUAAAACAUCGAUACCUACGUCCUUCCAGUAUCGCUUGAGAUACUUCCACACCACCACCAGAAGAAGUAAGGAAAAGGGGACAGAACACGAAGGCAGUAAGAUCCAAGAUGAGAGAGAGGGCAAGGGCAAACAGGAGGUGCCACAAGAGACUACAUCAAAAUCCGGGUCAGGACAAGAAGGACCACAUCAAGAGAACUUUUACGACCGAAUACACAUGCCGCAAUUCCACCGUCCGUCAAAAGAAGAACUCCUUGCCGCAGCAACCGGCUUUUGGUCGCGUCUGAAGGUGCGCUUCAAGUGGCUGACCAUCAAAAGCACCCGGCCCUUCAACGUGGAUGAAAUCGUGGGAUUCAUCUCGUGGAUUGCCCUGGGACACGUCAUUUGGAUCGUGAUUGGGACCACAACCUUUGUCUCUCUCGCCAUAUUCGCUAUCAACACCGUGUUUGCCCAGGAGACCUUGGCUGGAUGGAUAGGAAAUUACCUGACCAAGUCUUCUGGGCUGCAGGUGGUGUUUGAGUCUGCCAUUGUCCCGAAGUGGCGCGAUGGAGUCAUCACGUUCAAGAAUGUGCUCAUCUCCAGACGCCCGGGACAAAACCGCUCUCGAGUGACAAAAGGCUCGCCUGAAGCAGCCGCGCAGACCUCGUCCACCGAAGAUCCCGUACCACCCGAGGAGCAGAACUAUACGCAGUUUGACAUCACGAUCGGAGAGAUCAAUGUGACUCUAUCGUUCAGCAAGUGGUGGAACUCCAGGGGGCCCCUGCAAAACGUCGAGGUCAAGCAUGUUCGGGGAGUUGUGGACCGCACUCACGUCUUUUGGGGUGGCGAAGAGGUGGAUCCGAAAUCAUAUAGGCACGAACACACGCCGGGAGAUUUCGAGAUCGACUCGUUCAAGAUCGAAGAUCUCCUGGUCACAGUUCUUCAGCCGGAAGGGUUCAGGCCGUUCCCCGUCAGCAUUUACAACGCAGAGCUCCCGCGAUUGCGGAAGCAAUGGCUGUUCUACGAUUUCCUCAGCGCCAACAACAUGACCGGCGAGUUCGAUCGGUCUCUGUUUACGAUCCAUCCUCGCCAGACCCAUUCGUACACCGGCGCGCAUCUGAAUGACGCGGCCGACGCCUCCGAUGAGCCGUGGAGGAAACAAUCGCGACUCCGCAUCGACGGGCUGAACAUCGACCAUCUGAAUCGCGGCGCGGAGGGACCCCUGUCGUGGAUCCACGAGGGUAACGUCGACAUAGUGGCGGACAUCAUGAUCCCCAACGACAGCGACGAGUCGGUCAUCAAAGUCAUGACCGACUUCUACGAACGCAUGGAAGCCGCGCUCACGUCGAGAAAGCACCUGGAGCAAUCCCGCAAAGACGCUUCGGAGCAACCGAGCUCGGCUGCCAUCGAUGUCUCGGGUGCUGCUGCCCUGGCCCGAUCCGCCGGCGAACGAUAUGAAGACAAGCAGUACCUGGUCAUGGACCUCCGCAUCCACCUGAACGACGUGCGUGCCGUCGUCCCCCUUUUCACCCGCGACCUAUCCUACAUCAACAACGCCCUGAUCCGCCCGAUUGUGGCAUACAUAAAUUCGCGCCGCACAUUCAUCCCUAUCAAUUGCCGCGUCGUAAAGCGUCUGUCGGACUUCGACGGCAGCUGGACCAUUUACGACUCCGGACUCAUGGACGACCUGUCCGCCGAAGUGUACGAUGCAUUUGCGCGAGAUGUCACAGACGAACAGGCCCGACUGAGACGAUUCAAGAAAGUCGGCUUGUGGAGUUUGCAACUUGCCGUGCAGGCCAUUUUCCUGGUGAGUCUCCUCAACAGCCGGCUGUAG